AUGUCUCAACAAAGAAACAAUGCCAAAUUGGCACUCAUUCUUGAACAAUCUCUAAAUACUACUAGUGAUUCAUCAGAAAUCUCUCAAGACCUUCUCAACUUUGGGAACCAGAGUCCCAUUAUACAAGAGAAUAGUCUUAAAAAUCAAUUUUGGGGCUAUGAGACCAAUUAG